GAGGAGGAUAUGGCGGACAUCUGCAUGAAGCUGCUGGACAUGAACCCCAAGUGUCUGAGCGACCCUGCUGAGGAUUUCUCUGCCCGCUGCAACCCCAUCUAUGUAGGGAGGGUGGUCAGUGCUAUGAUCAAUUCUAAUGAUGACCGUGGUAUCCUGGCGGGCCGCUGGGAAAAACCAUACUCCGGCGGUGUGGCCCCCACCCAGUGGAACAGCAGCGUGGACAUCCUGCGGCGCUGGUACAAGAGCCAUUACUCCCCUGUGAAGUACGGCCAGUGCUGGGUGUUCGCUGGGGUCAUGUGCACAGUUUUGAGGUGUCUGGGAAUCCCAUGCCGUGUAGUCAGCAACUUCCAGUCUGCCCAUGACACUGAUAAAAACCUGACCAUCGAUAAGUACUACACAGACCACGGGGUUCGGCCUAAGGAGAGCCAUGACAGUGUGUGGAACUUCCACGUGUGGGUAGAGGGAUGGAUGAAGCGGCCGGACCUCUGUGGGGAUUCUACAUACGAUGGCUGGCAGGUGCUGGACCCCACCCCACAGGAGCAGAGUGCAGGAGUGUUCUGCUGUGGUCCGUGCCCUGUGAAGGCUGUUCUGGAGGGACACACCGACCAGAAGUACGACAUUCCGUUCGUCUUCGCUGAAGUGAACGCCGAUCAAGUCAUCUGGAUGCUCAUGAGAGACGGCUCAAAGCACAGACUCCAAACUGACAGCUCUCAGAUUGGCCAGAACAUCAGCACUAAAGCUGUAAGCGCAGACAGACGGGAGGACAUCACAGCCAGCUACAAAUACCCAGAGGGUUCUAAGAAGGAGCGUCUGGUGUUUGAGGAAGCUGUGAGGAGAGGAAACGAACACAAACCCCGCCCUGAGCUGUCACUGAAUCCUCCCGUGGUGAAGCUGGAGAUCACAGACGAGAAGGAGCCCAUCACGGGACAGGAUCUGGAGCUGAGUCUGCUCCUCCAUAGUGAGCACUUGCGGGAGCUCAGGGUGCAAAUCAACGCUCAGGCCAUGAGGUACACAGGCGUACCCGACAGCCUGGUGUACAGGGAGGAGAAGGAUGUCCUGCUGCAGCCCAAGCAGGACCUCAAGAUUUCCAUCCGGAUCCCAUUCUCCUUAUAUGGUACCAAGAUGCUGGACAACAGCAGUCUGAAGGUCUCGGCACUGGUGCACGACAAGCAGCACCCAGGAGAUGGCUACCUAGCUGAGAAGAAUAUCCUACUGCAGGAGCCUACAAUCACCAUCCAGGCGCCCAGCACAUGUGAGCAGUUUACAGAGAUGACGGUGGAGGUCAUCUUUGACAACCCCAUAUCCAGCACACUCAGAGAUGGCGUCCUUACGCUAACAGGCAGUGGGCUGUUGCGUCAUCCCAUGGUGACCAGAGUUCCGGUGCUUGAGGCUGAUCAGCAAAUGCAUCUUCGGAUCCCUUUCACGCCCUACCGAGCCGGUUUCAGAAAGCUGAUGGCAGAUUUUGACUGUGACACCUUCAGGGACAUCAAGGCCAGCUGUAAUAUGGAGGUGAAAUCCAACCUGGUGGAGGAUAAAUCGGCAAUGGAGUAUGGAGUAUCUAUGGAGCAAAAAUGGGCAAAUCUGUCUUUGUCUCAGUAAGAGCAAAUAGCUGAUUAGAUUCUCAUUAGCGCAUUAGAUUCUAUCAGUUUACACUGUCCAACACACACAUACACACACUCACACAUAUACAUACACACACAAUCAUGCAUACAUUCACAUCAACAACUAAGGGUUAGGUAUCCUACAGAUUAAAGUGUUAAAUAACUUACAGUGUUCCAUAGAUUUUUCUACUGGCGAUAGUUUGUUUUGAUUUCAAAUCAUUGUGUCAUAAAAUCAUUUUCUAAUAAACUCGC